AUGCAGAGCCGGAUCAGCAUUGGAAGGAGGCUCCUAACUACGUUCCACCGCCAGUGCCACUGGUACCGUGCCUGGCCGUUGGGCCACCAAUCUGGGGCUGCCAGCAAUGGAUGCAAGUGGCGCCGGGAGUGUGGUGUGGAAUGUAUGUCGAGCCUUCAGUAUGUUUUCCUGCAGGCGAUCCCUGGUGUGGAGGCUUCUCCUUUGCCGAAGAUGAACUCUGUUCCUGCAGCCUGCCUCAUCCCGAACGAUGAGACUGGAAGCACGGACAUCACGGACCAGGAGGAACUUGCCGGCUUGGAUGCAGGGACGGCAUCGAGCACCACUUGGGAGGACGACCCCGAAGUCGCCUGCUUGCAUUGUCAGCUUUCAACCGAUCAGAGGAAAUUCAAUGUGAAGAUGCUUGCAGCAGCAACUCGGUUGUGCUACAAGGAGAUGCGGGGGAUACUGGAAUUGCCCUCAGCGCCUGCUGCUGAGCAGGUUAUGAGGGAUUUACGCCCCUCUGGAAUCGCAAAUGUCCACUUUCGCACGAAGGAGGCCUCGCUUCGUGCCAUUGAUGCGCUUCACAUGAAAGAACUUGGCGGCCGGUACAUCGAGGCCAGCUGCCAACUGUCAAGGCUCAAGGGUCGAGAAGCGACGGACCGACGCAAGAUGGUCUACAUGAUCAGGCCCACCCGCAGGGAUGCACUAUCCACCACGUACUUAGACGAGAAGUUCGGUGCCGCGAGGACACCUUCGCCGCCGCGAUUCUGGAAGCAGGAGCCAGACGGAGCAGUUCUCAUCGCAGUCACGGAGCUGCAUAAGCCCGAAGCGCCUGCACACCGUAACGUAGGCAUCACGCUUGUUCACAGGAGUUUUACCAAGACGCAUCCUCCUUUCUCGGAGCCAUGA